GGCCCUUAUUUGAUAGCCAUUUUGUUUAUUGUUCGUGUCGUGAGUGAUUGAGAGAUUUCAUAGUAGUCCCAAACAGAGCACAGCAACCAACUUUGUAUUGAGAAAAUGGCAACUCAAGCACUGGUGUCUUCAUCAUCUCUUACCUCCUCAGUGGAGGCUGCAAGGCAGAUUCUAGGAGGAAGGCCAGCUACCCAUUCUUCAAGAAGGAAGGUCUCUUUUGUUGUUAGGGCAGCUACUACUCCCCCUGUUAAGCAAGGAGCAGAUAGACCUCUCUGGUUUGCCUCCAAGCAAAGUCUCUCCUACUUAGAUGGCAGCCUGCCCGGCGACUACGGAUUCGACCCGCUCGGCUUGUCCGACCCAGAAGGUACCGGAGGCUUCAUCGAGCCCAGAUGGCUAGCCUAUGGCGAGAUCUUCAACGGCCGUACCGCCAUGGUCGGCUCUAUCGGAUGCAUCGCCCCAGAAAUCUUGGGCAAACUCGGCCUAAUUCCGCCAGAAACCGCUCUGCCGUGGUUCAAAACAGGCGUGAUCCCGCCCGCUGGGACCUACGACUAUUGGGCUGACCCAUACACUCUUUUUGUUUUCGAAUUGGCACUAGUGGGCUUUGCAGAGCACAGGAGGUUCCAGGCUUGGUACAACCCAGGCUCAAUGAGUAAACAGUACUUUUUGGGCCUGGAGAAAUAUUUGGGCGGGACGGAUAACCCUGCAUACCCUGGUGGGCCACUGUUUAACCCACUUGGGCUUGGAAAGGAUGAGAAGUCAAUGAGGGAUAUGAAGUUGAAGGAGGUAAAGAACGGGAGGUUGGCCAUGUUGGGUAUGUUGGGUUUCUUUGUGCAGGCGUUGGUGACUGGGGUUGGACCCUUCCAGAACCUUCUGGAUCAUUUGGCUGACCCUGUCAACAACAAUGUCUUGACCAACCUCAAGUUCCACUAAUGAGCUUCUCCCUUCUAUACAUUCUCUCUCUCUCAUUUGGGAUAGUAUGUGCAGAGUUUAUUUGGUAUAUUAUCUGUAAUCUGUAACAAAUGACACUCUGUACUUGAAGAUCAGUUUAAUGGUGGUGUUUACCAUAAUUUGAAUGGGUUGUUCAUGAUUUUUUAAAUUUAAUUUUAAUGUGAUGUUAUUACCCUCAA